AAAAGUGAGUUUGAGAAAAUAUAGAGAGAUAGAAGUCCCACACUCCCACUACUCUCCUCCACUUCAGACUAUUCAGACAGUCACCAUUGAAAUCAUGAGGUUUCAGAACUGAAAAGGUAAUUAAAAAACAAAUAAAAAGGCAACCAAACUAAAUCUCGUCCUCUAUCUUUCUCACAUAGUAACAGCAUCAAUUCAGGUAAAAAAAUCUAACCUAAAUAAAAAAUCAAAGAUCCUCUCUUUCUCUUUCUCUACUACAUACGCUGUAUAAAGCAACAGAUGAGAUGAGAUUGAUAAUUAUGAUGAUAUUGAAAUCGAAGAAGAGGUGGAAUUUCAUGAACAACCAGAUCAUCACUAUUACUACUAGAAGAAAGAAGAAGCGUUGCUGGAAAGCAUUCGUUGACCUUAAUAUUUUCUUCAUGCGCCCCUCGAUCGUGACUCUCUGACAAUCUCAAGCUUCUUCUUCUUUCUCUUUCUCAAUCACACUCUCCCUUCCCCUCCCUAUCUAUCUCUAUCUUAUCUUUCUUUUUUUCCUCUUUAAUGCUCCAACAUUCAUCUCCUAUCUCCUUGUUUUUUAACCUGUACACUUUUCAAUUCUUGGGAUACUCAAUUUCUUUACUCCAUUUCUAACUUAGGUUCAGUUUCCUAUAGAUCUUUACCUGUAUCUUAAGUUAAAUAUACGACUUUCUUUUCUUUAAUCUAAACAAAGCCCUCCUCUUCUUCUUAGAAUAAUAUCUGGGAAUUUAGAUAUCAGUCUUAAUGUGUUAGAGAUGGCGAUCUUGAGGUCUUCUUCUUCUUCUAAAUUCAUUAAAUUCGUAUUCAUAAUUUGUUAUUGUGUUAUAUUCGUGAGAUCAUUGAAUCACGAAGGGAAUUUACUUUUGAUAUUCAAAAGUAAUCUUGUUGAUAAUGAUAACAAUCUCCAAAGCUGGAAUUCAAAGGAUUCUACUCCUUGCUAUUGGAAUGGUAUAGAGUGUUCUGAUGAUUAUAAGGUAAUAUCUGUAAAUCUUAGUCAGUUCAAUUUGUCUGGUAAUUUGUCUUAUAGUAUCUGUCAACUCCAUAGAUUAACCAUCUUAAACUUGUCCAAAAACUUCAUUUCUGGUCCUUUACCUACCCAAUUAGCUAAUUGUGGUAAUUUGGAGACUCUAGACCUCAGAACUAAUAGAUUCCAUGGAGAAAUCCCACCUCAACUUUUCAAAAUUUCUAGCCUAAAACAGCUUUUUUUGAGUGAGAAUUUUCUGUUUGGUCGAAUUCCAGAUGAGCUUGGUAACAUGACAAUGCUAGAGGAGCUUGAAAUUUAUAGUAAUAACCUUACUGAUAAUAUUCCCUCCACCAUUGGAAUGUUAAAGAAUCUUAGGAUUAUUAGAGCAGGUCUGAAUAUUCUCUCUGGUCCAAUACCUGUGGAAAUUAGUGAAUGUGAUAGCCUAGAGAUUCUUGGGCUGGCGCAGAAUAGGCUUGAAGGUCCUCUUCCAAAAGAGAUUCAGAGGCUGAAGAAUCUAACUACAUUGAUUCUUUGGCAAAACCUAUUAUCUGGUGUUAUUCCGUCUGAACUUGGGAAUUGUGGUAACCUGGAAUUGCUUGCCUUAAAUGAUAAUGCUUUCACUGGUGAUAUUCCUAAAGAGCUUGGUAAAUUAUCCAAGUUGGGAAAAUUGUACAUUUACAGAAACAAACUGAACGGAACCAUUCCACCAGAGCUAGGAAAUUGUGUUAGUGCAGUUGAGAUUGAUUUAUCUGAGAAUCAGUUAACUGGUUUCAUUCCAUCAGAACUCAGUCGGAUUCCAGAUCUUCAAUUGCUUCAUCUUUUCGAAAAUGUUUUGCAAGGAAGUAUUCCGAGAGAGCUUGGAAAAUUAAAGCAGCUCAAGAAUUUAGAUCUAUCCAUCAAUAAUUUAACAGGCACUAUUCCUUUUGAAUUUCAAAAUCUCACUUUGUUAGAGGAUUUGCAACUCUUCGAUAAUAAUCUUGAGGGAGUCAUUCCACCUCUCAUUGGGGCAAACAGCAAUCUCUUGGUCCUGGACAUGUCUGAGAACAAUUUUGUAGGUAGCAUACCUACAAAUCUGUGUAAAUCUCAAACCUUGAUGUUUCUAAGUCUUGGAUCAAACAUGUUAUCUGGCAAUAUUCCCUAUGGCCUGAAAACAUGCAAGUCUCUCGUACAGCUAAUGCUGGGAGGUAACCGUCUUACUGGAAGUCUCCCUCUCGAGCUAUCCAGCCUUAAGAAUCUCGUGGCGUUAGAGCUUUUCCAAAAUCGAUUCUCAGGGCCGAUAUCUUCAGAAGUGGGCAACCUCAAAAAUCUGGAAAGACUCCUACUGUCCAAUAAUUAUUUUCUGGGUACUCUUCCUCCUGAGAUUGGUCAACUCCAACGGCUAGUUAGCUUCAAUAUUUCUUCUAACCAUCUUUCAGGAAGUAUCCCGCGUGAGCUCGGGAACUGUACGGCGCUUCAGAGACUAGACCUCAGUAGGAACAGAUUUACUGGAAAUAUGCCAGAAGAAUUUGGCGAUCUUGUGAAACUUGAGCUGCUUAAGCUGUCGGAUAACAAACUGAAUGGAGCCAUCCCAUAUACCUUAGGGAGGCUGGCGAGGCUUACAGAUCUGCAAAUGGGAGGGAAUUAUUUUUCUGGCCGAAUACCUGUUGAAUUGGGCCAGCUUACUGCUCUGCAAAUUGCUUUAAAUAUUAGCUACAAUGCACUUUCUGGUGAUAUUCCAGAUGAUCUCGGAAACUUGCAAAUGUUGGAGUCCCUAUACUUGAACAACAAUCAGCUUGAUGGUCCAAUACCUACUUCAAUUGGUGACCUCUCAAGUCUCUUAGUGUGCAACUUAUCUCACAACAACCUGCUGGGAACAAUACCCAGUACUCCUGUUUUCAGAAGGAUGGAUGCUAGCAAUUUCAUUGGAAAUCCUGGCAUCUGCAUGUCAGAAACAGAUCCUUGUCAUCCAUCUUUCACUCCAUCUAUUUCUGCAGACCCCAGUUUGAUGAAACAGGGUUCUUCAAGGGACAAAGUAGUGAGCAUUGUCGCAGUGGUUAUAGGGUUAGUUUCAUUGGUCCUUACUGUUGGUGUUUGCUGGAUCGUGAAAUGUAGUAUGCCUGUUUUAGUUGUUGAAAAUAGUGAAAAAACUGAGGCUUCUGACACUUAUUAUUUCCCCAAAGAAGGGUUUACUUAUCAAGACCUUCUAGAAGCUACUGGUAAUUUCUCAGAGAGUGCAGUUAUAGGGACUGGCGCUUGUGGUACAGUAUACAAAGCCCUCAUGUCCGAUGGUAUGUUGAUUGCUGUCAAGAAACUCAGGUCCUCCGGUGAAGCUUCCAAUGUAGACAACAGUUUUCGGGCUGAGAUAUUGACACUGGGAAAGAUCAGGCACCGCAACAUUGUAAAUCUCUACGGUUUCUGCUACCAUCAAGACUCUAAUCUUUUGUUAUAUGAGCAUAUGGAGAACGGGAGCCUAGGAGAACUCCUACAUGGGAAUCCAAAUAAGUGUUCCCUGGAUUGGGAUGCUCGUUAUAAAAUAGCUCUUGGAGCAGCAGAGGGUUUAUGCUAUCUACACUGUGACUGCAAGCCUCAGAUUAUUCACCGUGAUAUAAAGUCAAAUAACAUUUUGCUUGAUGAAUCUCUGGAGGCACACGUGGGGGAUUUUGGCUUGGCAAAGUUGAUUGAUUUACCUUUCUCAAAGUCCAUGUCUGCUGUUGCGGGUUCCUAUGGUUAUAUUGCCCCUGAAUAUGCUUACACGAUGAAAAUCACAGAUAAGUGUGACAUCUACAGUUUCGGCGUCGUUCUACUGGAAUUGGUUACAGGAAAAUCUCCAGUUCAGCCAAUCGAUCAAGGAGGGGAUCUCGUUACUUGGGUGCGAAGAUCCACACAGAAUAUGAUGCCAACAUCUACAAUCUUUGACCAACGCUUAGAUUUAAGUGCAAGGAGGACGAUUGAGGAGAUGUCUUUAGUACUCAAGAUUGCCUUGUUUUGUACGAGUUUGUCGCCAGUCAAUAGGCCAACCAUGAGGGAGGUCAUUGCCAUGAUGCUUGACGCGAAGGAGGCCUCUUGCAGUUCAACAUCCUCGCCAACAUCGGAGACUCCUUUAGAAGAAGAUGCUGCUAGUAGAGUAUGAGCGCAUUCAUAAACACUGCUGGUUAUUUAUUCAGCUGGUGAUGGGCACAGAAACUCGGAAAAGAUCUUUCAUCUCUACAACUCAAGUUAAGCCUUCUUUAGCUCAUUGUAUGUAAGUUUACAGUAAAGGUAUUCUAACUUUAUUUGUAUACAGAGGAAAUUAUCAUUUCAUUCCUCUCCCUCUGCUCAUGAUCUUAUUUUUAUGUACCUGAUCAAUCAAUUGGACGUGUAUAAUUGUAAUUAUGUAAAGGUACAAUUUUGCUAACAUAUUAAUAAGAUUAACCCCAAUUUCUUGAUA